CUCCCCACCCCUCCAGUGAGCUGUAGAUGUGCUAGUCCGCUGCGCAUUGUGUGAGACGCGACCUGCUAUGGCCACCACUGCUUCCGGGUUUCAGCAUUCGCUCCAAACCCACCCCUGGCUCCGCAGCGCUGGGACAGCGGCGCCGGGCCCUUUAAAGAGCCGCAAACUCCGGAGAGAGAGGGAGAGAGAGAGUGUGAGAGAGAGAGGGGGAGAGAGAGCCGGUUCAUCGAGGGCGCUCGCAGUCACAGCCAGAGCCGCGGUCGCCGCCACAACCGGAGCAGCCUCUCACACACACGCACACACACACACACACACCAGGCGGUGAGGAGAGCCGGGUCCCGCCGAAGAGACCCCCUCUCUGCGACCACCACCCCUCCCCACAAGUGCCCGGCCCAUCACCACACACCCACCACCUUGUCAACGUCGCCCUGAUUGACAGCGAGAGGGGCAACAAAAUACAAGCCAUGGGACUCCGCAGAUGUGUCUGAGUUACUCCAGCAUUUCGUAACCAUCUUCGCCUUAAAGCAGCAUCUGCAGUUCCUUCUCAACGCAAGACACAUCUGCCGUUUGAGGGGCGUUUUUCGCUGGUUUUUGGGGUUCGAGUCGCCGUGGUACAAGCACCAAGAUCCAUCGACACCCGCCGAAUAUAUAUAGAUAUAAUAUAUCUAUAUAUAUAUACAAACUGAUCACAAAUAUCUGCGCUUCUGAGUUGAAGAUUUGAAGUGGACGAUCCUAGCCGCUUGCCCGCCGGCCUGCCAAGACCUUUGCUCCGAUAUUUGGAGGGUUUUAAUUUAGAUUUUUUUUAAAUAUAUAUAUAUACAUCUAUAUAUCGACCACACAUAGUUCAGCUGAGUUGAGCCGCAGAGAACGAGAGAGAGAGAGAGAGAGACAGAUAGGGAGGUUGGACGCGGCCCGAUGGCGCAGAGGUACGAUGAGAUCUCGCACUACGGCGGCAUGGAUGGAGUGGGUAUUCCGACCACAAUGUACGGUGACCCUCACGCAGCCAGGACGAUGCAACCGGUCCACCACUUGAACCACGGGCCGCCGCUCCACAGCCACCAGUACCCGCACUCGAACCACGGCAGCGCGAUGCCGCCUAGCAUGGGAACUUCGGUAAACGACGCAUUAAAGCGAGAUAAAGACUCCAUUUAUGGACACCCGCUCUUUCCUCUUUUAGCACUGAUUUUUGAGAAGUGUGAGCUGGCGACUUGUACACCUCGGGAGCCGGGAGUAGCGGGCGGCGAUGUGUGUUCUUCCGAGUCUUUCAACGAAGACAUUGCUGUGUUCGCCAAACAGAUCCGAGCGGAAAAACCUCUUUUUUCUUCCAACCCAGAGCUGGAUAAUUUGAUGAUCCAAGCGAUACAAGUGUUAAGGUUCCACCUUUUAGAAUUAGAGAAGUGUGUGUGUGUGUGUGUGUGUGUGUGUGUAUAUUUGUCUACAUCUACUUUGGUGAGUGGUCAGCUCUCAGUUCCUUUAUCAGUGUCCUUUCCCCUCCUCCAGACUUGGAACAGAGACCACGAUGACACAGCGUCGACACGGUCGGGGGGGACCCCCGGACCCUCGAGUGGGGGCCACACAUCACACAGCGGGGACAACAGCAGUGAACAAGGGGACGGAUUGGACAACAGUGUAGCAUCACCGAGCACAGGAGAUGACGAUGACCCAGACAAGGAAAAAAAACGGCAGAAAAAACGAGGCAUCUUCCCAAAAGUAGCAACAAACAUCAUGCGGGCCUGGUUGUUCCAACACCUGACACAUCCGUACCCUUCAGAAGAGCAGAAGAAGCAACUGGCUCAAGAUACGGGAUUAACCAUUCUGCAAGUCAACAACUGGUUUAUAAAUGCCAGAAGAAGGAUAGUCCAGCCCAUGAUAGACCAAUCUAAUCGAGCAGUGAGUCAAGGUGCCCCUUACAACCCCGAUGGGCAGCCGAUGGGAGGUUUUGUGAUGGACAGCCCGCAACAUGGCAUCAGGCCACCUGGAUUACAAGGGAUGGCAGGAGACUACGUAUCUCAGGGUGGUCCAAUGGGUAUGAGCAUGGCGCAGCCAAGUUACACCUCUCCCCAGAUGCCCCCUCACCCUGCCCAGUUACGACACGGACCUCCCAUGCAUCCCUAUAUCCCUGGACACCCGCACCACCCAGCGAUGAUGAUGCACGGAGGUCCACCAACCCAUCCUGGGAUGCCCAUGACCGCAUCUAGUCCCACCAUGCUGAACCCUGGAGACCCGACCAUGGCCGGCCAAGUCUUAGACAUUCAUGCCCAGUAGCACAUGGGCCCAGCGCAGAGACUAAUCGCCGCGCCCUGAGAUGGGACCUCUGUUCUCUACACACCUUCCGUUGGACCAAACUCAAUCCCAACUCUUCCACGCGGAUCCUGAACGCUCCAACCAAGAGUCGACUCCUCAACGCUACUGUAGAUUCACGUGGGAUGAUUAAAGAGAGGACCGUGCUAAUUUGAACCUGUCUGUGACCCUGGGACAUAUGGCUUCCUCAACAAACAACUAUGAGUGUGUGUCGGCUCCAAUCUCCUUCAAAACUCUCCUUUUGAGCGCAAAGAAAACCCCAACAAGAACCAGCCUUACAGAGAUGACUGAGAAUGGUUAUUAUGAGGAUUUUGUUAUCGGUACAAUAUUAACUAGGUCGGCCGAGAAGAUGGCUGUCACCCAGACUCUUGCCCACGGCAUGAAUUACCAUGUCUGAUUAAUUCACUCAUCAUAUUUGAAUUGACUUGAACAGAUGUAAACGGGGAAAAGGAUGGGGGGGGGAGUGGGUGGGGGGGGAAAUCCCUGCAGCCAUCAACAACAAUUAAUCAGCUGUUAAGUGUCUUAAGGAGCAAGUGGAUAAAAGCAAAAGGCAGUCUUCUGUAGACCGAGAACUGCCACACGCACACACACGCACACACACGCACGCACACACGCACACACACACGCACACACACACAC